AUGGCCGCGUCGAACGGGAGUGAAUACUUCGACGUAAUUGUGGGAGACACUUCCCGCGAGAGCUUCGGAAGGCCUUCAAACGCCGAUUUCUUGGAGCAAGACGAAGAGGAGCUUAUUUGGGCGGCUCUCGAGAGGUUGCCGACGCGGAAGCGUUCCAAUUACGCGCUGCUGCGGCGGACGCCUUCCGAUUCGUCCGACGGCAAGGAGUCGAGGACGGAGGCCGUCGACGUCAGGAAGCUCGACCGUAACGAACGGGAAUUAGUCGUCCGGCGAGCUCUGGCUACGUCGGAACAGGAUAAUUUUAAACUUCUCUCUGCCGUUAAAGAACGCCUCGAUAGAGUUGGAAUUGAAAUUCCGAAAGUUGAAGUUCGGUAUAAGAAUUUGAAUAUCACGGCUAAUGUGCAAGUAGGAUCCCGAGCCCUGCCAACCUUAGUAAAUUACAGUCGAGAUGUCUUAGAGCAAUUGCUAACUAAACUGAGGCUAUAUCGACCCAGAAGACAUUCUCUGACCAUUUUGAAUAAUGUCAGUGGUGUUGUAAAACCUGGCAGGUUGACACUUCUUUUGGGACCUCCCGGUUCUGGGAAAUCCACCUUGUUACAAGCUCUUGCAGGGAAAACCGCUAAGGGCUUGAAGAAAAGUGGGACUAUCUCGUAUAAUGGCCACGAGCUUGAUGAAUUUGUCGUUCAAAGGACUUCGGCUUACAUUAGUCAGACAGACAAUCACAUCGCGGAGUUGACUGUUAGGGAAACUUUGGAUUUUGCAGCUAGAUGCCAAGGUGCAAGUGAAGGUUUCGCAGGGUAUAUGAAGGAUCUUAACAGUUUAGAACAGGAGAGAAAUAUUCGUCCGAAUCCUGAUAUUGAUGCAUUUAUGAAGGCGUCAACUGUUCGUGGCAAAAGGAACAAUGUAUCAACGGAUUACUAUUUGAAAAUUCUGGGUCUUGAUGUUUGCGCUGAUACAAUGGUUGGUAGUGAAAUGAUGAGGGGGAUCUCAGGUGGUCAGAAAAAGAGAGUUACAACAGGUGAAAUGGUGGUUGGCCCCAGAAAAACACUUUUUAUGGAUGAAAUAUCGACCGGUCUUGACAGUUCUACAACUUACCAAAUUGUAAAAUGCUUAAGGAAUUUCGUACAUCUAAUGGAUGGAACAAUCUUAAUGGCUCUUCUCCAGCCAGCGCCUGAGACUUUUGACCUAUUUGAUGAUUUGGUACUAUUAUCUGAAGGAUACAUCGUUUAUCAAGGUCCUCGGGCAGAAGUGCUGGAUUUCUUUGAGUCUCUUGGUUUUAGACUACCACCUCGCAAGGGUGUUGCCGAUUUUCUCCAAGAGGUAACAUCAAGAAAGGAUCAGGCACAGUAUUGGGCAGACAGCUCCAAACCUUAUGUUUUCAUCCCAGUAUUGAAGAUUGCAGAAGCCUUUCAAAGUUCCAGACAUGGUCAAUCUUUGAUGGCUUCAGUUUCUUCUCCCUACGAUAAAUCAAAAAGCCAUCCCUCUGCCUUGUCCAAUUCUAAAUACGCAACAUCUCAGUGGGAUCUCUAUAAAGCUUGUUUUGCCAGGGAAUUGCUUCUAAUAAAGAGACACAGUUUUCUGUAUGCCUUCAGAACAUGUCAGGUUGCCUUUGUAGGAUUUGUAACAUGUACAAUGUUUCUGCGAACAAGACUACAUCCCACGGAUUUGAUAAAUGGAAAUCUCUAUCUUUCUUGCUUAUUCUUUGGCUUAGUGCAUAUGAUGUUCAAUGGAUUUUCCGAGCUAGCUAUUAUGAUUUUUCGACUUCCAGUUUUUUACAAACAAAGAGACAAUUGUUUCCAUCCUGCAUGGGCAUGGUCUAUCUCAAGUUGGAUUCUGCGAGUACCUUACUCAGUUAUUGAAGCUGUAGUUUGGUCUUCCAUUGUGUAUUUCACUGUAGGAUUCGCAGAUGGUCCUGGAAGGUUUUUCCGGUACAUGUUGGUGCUUUUUUCAGUGCACCAAAUGGCCUUGGGCUUGUUCCGUUCAAUGGCAGCUAUUUCAAGAGAUAUGAUUAUCGCCAAUACGUUCGGAUCAGCAGCACUUCUUGUAAUAUUCUUGUUGGGUGGAUUUAUAGUCCCAAAAGCAUUGAUCAAACCGUGGUGGAUGUGGGCAUUUUGGGUGUCACCAUUGACCUAUGCACAACGCGCCAUUUCUGUUAAUGAGUUCACCGCGACAAGGUGGAUGGAGAUAUUUUCUGGAAAUACUACUUUGGGGAUCAGUCUUCUUCAGUCACAUGCUCUACCCAGUGCCGGUCGAUGGUACUGGAUCGGAGUUGGCGCUUUGUUUCUGUAUGCUCUCUUUUUCAACAUUGUAGUGACGGCUGCUUUGACUUACUUAAAUCGGAGUGUCACAAAUACUGAAAUGAUCGGAAGGGAUCAAGGUGUGAAAAAAGGAAUGAUUCUCCCAUUUCAACCAUUAAAUAUGACAUUUCAUAGUGUCAACUACUUCGUUGACAUGCCAAAGGAGAUGAGUUCUCAAGGCAUUGAGGAAAAAAGAUUGCAAUUGCUGUCAAAAGUAAGUGGGGUGUUCUCACCCGGUGUUCUGACAGCAUUGGUUGGGUCCAGUGGUGCGGGUAAAACCACAUUGAUGGAUGUCCUCGCUGGAAGGAAGACUGGUGGGUACAUAGAAGGUGACAUUAAGAUUUCUGGUUACCCAAAACAACAACAGACAUUUGCAAGAAUAUCAGGUUACGUUGAACAAAAUGACAUACAUUCUCCUCAAGUGACAGUUUAUGAGUCACUAUGGUUUUCUUCUGGUCUGCGUCUUCCAAAGGAGGUUGACAAAAAGCAAAGAGAGGAAUUUGUUGAAGAAGUGAUGGCACUAGUUGAGCUUGACUCUCUUAGGCAUGCUUUGGUGGGGCUUCCUGGAACAACAGGCCUUUCCACAGAACAGAGAAAGCGUUUAACAAUUGCGGUGGAGCUUGUUGCAAAUCCUUCAAUCAUUUUCAUGGACGAACCUACCUCUGGCCUUGAUGCUCGAGCAGCUGCAAUUGUGAUGCGAACUGUGCGCAAUACUGUAGACACCGGAAGAACAGUAGUUUGCACUAUCCACCAACCAAGUAUUGAAAUUUUUGAAGCAUUCGACGAGCUACUGCUUUUGAAACGAGGAGGACGAGUAAUUUAUGGGGGAAAGCUUGGGGAGAAAUCACAAACAAUGAUCAACUACUUUCAGAGCAUCCCUGGUAUUCCUCCAAUUCCGAGUGGAUAUAAUCCAGCUACUUGGAUGCUUGAAGUAAGUACACCUGCUGCCGAAGAAAGAACCGGCAGAGACUUUGCAACAACAUAUGAGAACUCCAACCAAUUUAGGGAAGUGGAAGCUUCCAUUCAACAAGCAAGUGUUCCAGCUGAGGGGUCAGAACCAUUAAAGUUUGACUCCACAUUCUCUCAAGAUGCAUUCUCUCAGUUCAAAAUGUGCUUGUGGAAGCAAAAUAUUGUCUAUUGGAGAAGUCCUACCUACAAUGCUGUGAGAAUAUUUUUCACUACUAUGAGUGCUAUUAUAAUUGGGACAAUAUUUUGGGACCGUGGCUCAAAAAGGGACUCAAUGCAAAGCGUGUUUGUGGUAAUGGGAGCCUUAUAUUCUGCAGCCAUGUUUCUUGGUGUGAAUAACUCUUCUUCUGUACAGCCAGUAAUUUCAACUGAAAGAACAGUAUUCUACAGAGAGAGAGCUGCUGGAAUGUAUGCUGCACUGCCUUAUGCUUUUGCACAGGGCCUUGUGGAGAUCCCAUAUGUUGUGUUGCAGACGGUGAUAUACGGCGUCAUUACAUACUUUAUGAUCGGCUUUGAAAGAACAGCUGCCAAAUUUUUCCUCUAUCUAGUGUUCAUGUUCCUGACAUUCAUGUACUUCACCUAUUAUGGAAUGAUGGCUGUUGGUCUCACAGCUAAUCAGCAAUUAGCUGCAGUCGUGUCUUCUGCAUUUUACUCCUUAUGGAAUCUCCUCUCUGGAUUUUUAGUGCCUCAACCGAGCAUCCCUGGGUGGUGGAUAUGGUUCUAUUACAUCUGCCCAAUAGCAUGGACACUGCGAGGCAUCAUCACCUCGCAGCUUGGAGAUGUCGAAACAACGAUUGUCGGUCCUGGAUUUGAAGGCUCCGUCAAAAAGUACAUUGAAGUUAAUCUAGGAUAUGGCCCUGGAAUGACGGGUGCCUCAAUUGGUGCACUGUUGGGAUUUAGCAUUUUGUUCUUUGGGGUCUAUGCAUUCUCACUCAAACUUCUCAAUUACCAAAGAAGAUGA